ACUGUAUUUAAAUUAAAAUCAGUGUGCAUAAAAUUUCCUGUUCAAUAAUUAACUCUCAAGGUCUUUCGCGAAAGCAUUUUUCCACUAAUCGUCUACUUUCUGAACUCCAGUGACAGCUGUAGCUUUGAGCACGCAGUCCGAGAGCCCUCCUCCUUUGGCGGCAGGCGGCUGAAGCAAACAGGUCGGGUUGCCACUUCAGUCAAGACCGGGGCCGUGUCGAGGCUGGAGUCCGCAGCAUGUCCUCCCUGAGAGCCGCUAAACAGGCCCUGAGGGUCGAUAUAAAGAAGAGAAUCGCUACGAUAGAUGACCAGGAAAAAUGUCGGCAGUCUAAGAUCGUCACUCAAAUGCUCAUUAAGCAUCCUCAGUACCAGCGCUCCCAGAGGAUUGCAGUGUUUCUCAGUAUGCAUGAUGAGGUCCGCACUGAGGAGAUCAUUGAGGACAUCUUCAGAAAAGAAAAAGUGUGCUUCAUACCCAAGUACCAGUCGAAAAGUAACCACAUGGAUAUGUUGAAGCUGACUGCUGCCCAGGACAUCCAGGCUCUACCAGUCACCUCUUGGAACAUCCGGCAGCCUGGAGAUAAUGAAGAGAGAGAGGAAGCGCUGGCCACAGGUGGGCUGGACUUAAUCCUGAUGCCUGGGCUGGGGUUUGACCGCAGUGGGAACCGGCUGGGCCGUGGUAAGGGAUACUACGACACCUACCUGCAGCGCUGCAUGCAGUACCCUAAGGGCAAGCCCUACACGAUUGGGCUGGCCUUCAAAGAGCAGGUCUGCACGGCGGUCCCAGUAGAUGAAAACGACAUACGGAUCGAUGAAAUCCUGUUUGAGGACAAAUGAGCUGCUUAGUGGAAAGAAUCGAGCUCUGCUCUGUGGUCUAUUAUGCUCAUUUCAGAUGGGGAAUUAUCUACUGGUGAAAGUGCCUUUUCCAGUUUAAUUUAAUUAAAAAUCUAAUCAAGAUUACAAAACACGGCAGAGACCUAUAGAUUUUGAAAACUUGAGCUCAGAAAGGUGACUGAGGGAAAAUGUUUUUGACUGAAAAAUGGCUAUCUUUGCUGAUAAAAUGCCUAGGUUGUGAAAAACACGUUCUCUAAAAGAUACCUACAUUUUUGUAAUGGUAUCUGUCAUUAUUACUUUACACACAACUCAGGUAUAAAGGUUUGUAAAGAUUUACUGUAAUAAAAUCACAGCAGUUCAUACUGUAGCUCACAGUG